AUGGCUACUCACCAGCUUUUACAGAUGAGGCAAAAGAAUAAAUCCUCCAAGGAAUCAGUGUUGUUCCCCAACAAAAUUACUACUGAACAGCAGUCUGUGGUGCUGGUGAAAAGGCUUCUGGCUAUCUCUGUAUCCUGUAUAACAUACCUAAGAGGGUUGUUCCCAGAGAGUUCAUACGGAACUCGCUAUUUAGAUGACCUCUGUCUAAAAAUUCUCCGAGAAGAUAAAAGCUGUCUGGGAUCAUUGCAGAUAGUCAAGUGGAUUCAAGGUUGUUUUGAUGCUUUGGAGAAGAAAUUUUUACAUAUUGCUGUCCUAGCAAUUUACACCAAUCCCAAGGAACCGGAGACAGUGACUGAACUAUAUCAAUUCAAAUUCAAGUACAAAAAGAAUGGGCCGCAGAUGGACGUUGUCAGCAACAAAAUGAACUUCAUGAACGGGAUGUGCAGCGAGGAGGUUAAAAAAGCCAGCAGUCUCCUGAUCCGUAAACUGUACUUAUUAAUGCAAAACCUUGGGCCACUUCCCAAUGACAUUAUCUUGACCAUGAAACUCCUCUAUUACAAUGAUGUAACUCCUGAAGAUUACCAGCCCCCUGGCUUUAAGGAAGAUGGCAGCCCUGGUAAUCUGCUCUUUGAUGGUGAUCCUGUCAACCUGAAAGUGGGGUCUGUCUCCACUGGCUUCCACAUCAUGAAAGUGAGAGUAACAACUGAAAAUAAAAGAAUGGGAACAGUUGAAAGCAGACUGAUCCAGAAGAACGGUCCUGCUGAGAUCUCCCAUCAAGGGUUAGACUGCGAUGAAGAAGAAGAGGAGGGGAGCCCCAAGAACAACCCUCUCCCUGCUAGAGCAGAUUCAAGUGAGCAUGGAGAGGACAAAAGUGACAUGUAUCCAGGCUGGAAAACUCAAGCGUCUUCGUUUUGUCUUCAGGAUACAGGUGGAAAGGAGAAGACAAGAAUAAAAGAAACAGGGAAAAUGUGUUGCUCGAGGACAUCUCCACAGAUAAGCUGCCUGAACCUUUCAUUUAGCCAGGAAGAGGUAAUAGGACCCAAGAAGAAAAGGAAGGUCAGUGAACCAGAGAAGCUGCUUCUGGAAGGCAGGAAAUGAUGUUUGUUCUGACACAUAAUACAUUUUAGAAGGUGCGAGUUCUCAUUGUCAUUUCACUAGUGAAGACUCUGUUUUCAUAUUUAACCGUCCACAUUCCACAUAUAUUUUUGCAUAUUUGUCUAGUAAAAACUUUCGAUUGUAAAGAGACAGCAAGCCUAGUAAUUGUCAUGACAAUGUAGCUCAACAGUAUUUGUUUGAUGUUCUAAAGCUGAGGAUUGAUGAUUCCAUA